AUGCCCGUUCCCGGGAGCCGCCCGCGAGCCCCCCGCCCCAAACGGUGGCGUCCCCCGCGCGCCGGGGGUUCCGCAGCGCUCCCGCCGCCGCCGCCGGGCCAGCGGCCGCUGCUGCCCUCCGGCCGCCGCCUCUCCCUCCCCGUCUCUCUCCGCUGGCCCAAAAGCCACGCCGGCAGCCCGGCUUUGCAGCCCGGCACCGGAACCAGCGCAGCAUCCCCGGCCCGGCGCUCCCGCAGGCUGAGGCUGCCCCAGCUCGGAGGGACGCUGGGCUUGGUGUCGCUCCCUGACACGGGUGGACACUCCCAGCUCCGAGCCAUGGUGUGCUCCAGCCCCGUGCUCAGAGCUCAGGGACAGCCGAGCUCCAGCCAGGAGGAGCAGCGCGGUGCCCAGCCCGACCUGCUGUGGCUGGCCGACCUCACGGGCGCCCACAUCGGCCUGGCCCCCAUCUCCCAGGACCCCGAGGACCGCUGCAGCAUCUGGGAGAACCUGGUGAGCCUGGUGGAUUUCCAGUGCCCGGGUUUUCCCCUGACCUCCGAGGAGCUCUGCCACUACAUCGACAUCCCCCGCUCGCCGGUGGCCGUGACCCUGCCCGGGGCUGUGACCCCGCCCGGGCCCCCCGCGCCCCCGGGGGACAUCGACUACAGGACCAACGCGCACGUGAAGCCGCCCUACUCCUACGCCACCCUGAUCUGCAUGGCCAUGGAAGCCAGCCAGCAGCCCAAGCUCACCCUGGCAGCCAUCUGCAAGUGGAUCAGCGACAACUUCUGCUACUUCCGCCGUGCCCACCCCAGCUGGCAGAGCUCCAUCCGGCACAACCUGUGCAUCAACAAGCGCUUUGUCAAGGUGCCCCGGGAGAAGGGGGAGCCGGGCAGAGGAGCCUUCUGGAAGCUUCACCCCCAGUACGCCGAGUGGCUCAAGAGCAGCACCCUCAAAGGGCACAGAGUCCAAGACAGCCUGACCAUGCUGAGGCUUCCCAGCUUCUCUGGGCAAAGAGGAUUGUUCAGAAAACACCACGGUGACCCAGCUCUGUUCCACAGGCCCCUUCCAGAGCCCAGGAGAGCCCAGCAGGGAGCACAGCGCGUCCCCAGCCCCGCUGGCGCUGUCACCGUCGCCGGCGGCUCCCGCGGCGACCUCGAGGUGGGCGCGGAGCUGCAGCGGCUGCUGCGGGAGUUCGAGGAGUUCGAGAGCAGCCACAGGUGGAGCCCUGAGGAGAACCCAGCGGGCCAGCAGAGCGAGCCCGAGGCCUCUUGGCUGCCAGGCUGUGCCCCGGCGAGCCAGGAGGAGCCGGGCGAGCUGACGGAGCUGAAGGGCAGCAUGGAGUGGGAAGCGCUGCUCGACGCCCCCGCCGAGCUGGGGGAUUUCUCCGCUCUGGGGCAGCUCCCACCUUCCAGCCAGCCUGGAACCUUCCCCCUGCACCCCACCAGGGCAGCGGGGCAGCAGCUGGGCUGGCCUCAAAUGCUGCCCGAGCCCAGCCCUACCAAAGCGGGCUCGGAUGAAACCCUGAUGGCCACGGCUUUCCUGGAGGCUGCGUGGCACGAGGAGAUGAGAGGGAACCUCUACAGCGGCAUCCCCGCCGAGCAGGGGGCUGCAAACUUCCAGGCCUCUUUGCCCGGCAGGGAGGUCAUGGAUUGGGACUCUCUGGCCCCUUUAAGGCUCUAUUAG